GCAUAUAGGUAUUAUACCGUUACCUGGUUACCCGGGUAAUUUGAAAACAAAAACGUCGAUAAAGUGACACUUGGCUACAAAUGUGAUUUAAUAAAUUGUGAGGAAAUUGUUGCGAUAUAUUUUAUUACUUACAGCAUAUUUGCUUGAUUAUGCAGACGCCAGAUGCGAACGGUUAUGUCCACGUACAGUGGCCUAGUAAAACUAUACCUCAUGGUGGUAUAUUUCAUACCCGCACUGUAGAACCUUCUGUAGCACAACAACAAUUCUUGAAAGUUCUUCUAGAAGAGUCAAAAUUGAGCAUCACCCAACGCCAGAAGCAGGCAUGGGCGUUACGGGAGCCGGAUGAGCCUAAGGAAAUACGAUGUCCCAGGAGGCAGGUGCCCAUGAUUCGACCGAGGACAUCGCGCCGCCGCUCGCAGUCUGCCAUCAGAGAGUCGGGCAUAUUUGAAAUGGAAGAAUAUGUCCCACUUAAGCGGGGCGAAGAUCGUGAGGCGCUGAAGGCUAGGCUAGCGAUCAGCAUGGAGUAUGGAGAUACUCCGGAGCAGAUACCUCCACCACCACCACGUGUAGCCAGCAAGCCCAAGCCUCAGCUGCCAACAGACAAGGAUAAGAGAAAUGAGCUGCUCACCCAAAUCCGCGAGCGCGCCGAGUGGUUGGCAGAAAUGGAAGACCUUGGCCACGCAGCUCCGCACCGGGACAUAGUUCGCGACCAGAUCGCGGAGCGGCUGCGCGCGCUCGACAGCUUGGGCAUCGACAGUGCGCUUUCUUCAGCGCGCUCCUCUGCACGAUCCAAGGGUUCUGGGUUCAGCGUUAAGGAACAAUACGCCAAGGAUAGUGCGAGGUCUAAAGAGAGCGUCAAGUCUGUACAUUCCAAUCGCUCAACAAAGGAGAAGCAAGAAUCAUCAAGAAGCUCAACCAAAGGUCGCGCAAAGAUGGAAGAGAAUAUCUUGGCUUAUAACAAUAUUCCACCCUUGCAGUAUUCACCAAGGAGGAGAGUUUGAGCUUUUACUAUUUAAUUAAAAUAUUUAAAUGUUGUUUAAUGUCAGCAAUAGCAGUUUUGCUGUGACCUGUACUAGAAAUUGCUGAACUAAAUUACAAGUAUUAUUUAUACUACUUUGGAUUUAAGGCUUACUUCUUGAUUCGGUUAUAAUGUGGGUUUUACAAUAACAUUAUGAAUUUAUGACCUAGGCAUUAAAAAUCAAAAUUAAUAAAAAA